AUGAUGAUGAUGAUCGCUAAUGAUGGUGACGACGAAGACGACGAUGAUGAUGAUGAUGAUGAUGAUGGUGAUGAUGCUGAUAAUGAUGAUGGAGACGACGAUGAUGAUUUUGUUGAUGAUGAUGAUGAUGAGGAUGAUGAAGAUGAUGAUAAUGAUGAUGGUGAUGAUGAUAACAACGAUGAUGAUUAUUAUCAUUAUCAUGAUGAUAUCGAUGAUGAUGAUGAUGAUGAUUCCUAUAGAUAUUGCGAUGAUGAUGAUGAUUCGGAUGAUGAUGACGAUACUGUGGAUGCUGAUGUCUUGGAUGAUGGCGGUGAUGAUGAUGAUGAUGAUGAUGAUGAUGAUGAUGACUCGUAUGUUGAGGAUGAUGAUGAUGAUGAUGAUGAUGCUGCUGCUGAUGAUGAUGAUUAA